CAGUAAAACUUCAAAUCCAAAGUUUGUUUUGUUUUGCGCAAGUUUUGCGAUUCUCAUAAUUAUAAUUUAAUUAGUUAAAUUAGAUUUUUAAAUCACUUUUAUUUACUAUGUCGAUCCAAGUGGAAAAUAACUUGAAGGAUACGGAGGACAAAUCUAUCUUCGAGCAGAAAGCUCAUUACAUCCCGUGUAAGAUAGAGGAUGAUGGGCCGGCGAACGUUUCCCGAUUCUUUGAGCCCUACGUCACUGAGAACGAGAGCUCAGAGCUGUCGGCCACAUUCCGCGGGCACAGCCUGGACGGCGCGCGGCUGCGGCUGCCGGCCGGGCACCGCGCCGUGCUGCUCACCGAGGCCAAGCGACCGCUGGCUGAGGACGCUCAGAGGAGGUUCCAGGUGGCAGGCGGGUUCAGCGAAGUGGUUUACUGGAACUGGGACAAGAAGCCGUCCAAGAACGACAACCUGGUGAAGGCCCUCGACUGGAUGGACGUGGCUGAUGCGAUCCAUGGUGACUGACAGUAAAUUUGUUAAAAUAUCUAGGAAAUUAAAGUAUUGUUAAAUAAGUGACUAAUCGGAAUAAAGGACAGAUGAACUUA